UGUAUUAUGUGUUAACAACUGGGUCAGGACAACAAACACUUGGUGAAGAGUAUUGUGAUAUCAAUCAGGUUUCUGGACCUUAUGGACUUCCUCCAAACCCAGCAAGACGUGCUCUUUUCAUUGUGUACCAGACAGCUGUUCCAUAUAUUGCUGAAAGAAUAAGCUCUAGAGUUGCUUCUCGUGGUAUCAUGCUUGCUGAUUCUCUGUCUGACGAGUUCUAUGGAGAUAAUGCCUCUUCUCGGUCUUUAUUAAACAUGGAAAUCCAACCUUCUUCAACCCCAGAGUAUUCGGGUUCUUACCUAACGAGAGUGAAGGCGAAAAUUAAUCGAUUAUGGCUGCAAACAGUGCGAUGCUGGCCUUCGAUUUUGCCUCUAGUUCGUGAAUUUUUGCAAUUGGCUCUUCGUACAAACCUCAUGUUUUUCUAUUUUGAAGGACUGUACUAUCAUAUAUCCAAACGAGCUGCAGGCAUUCGCUAUGUGUUCAUUGGAAAACCAUCUAAUCAAAGGCCCAGAUACCAAAUACUUGGAGUGUUUCUACUGAUUCAACUUUGUAUCAUUGCUGCCGAAGGCUUAAGACGUAGUAGUUUAUCAUCUGUUUCAAGUUCAAUUAACCCGACAUCCUUUGGAGCAAAUCCUAGUUCAUCAGGUCGUGGUCUGCCAAUUUUAAAUGAGGAAGGCAAUCUAAUAUCUGUUGAUGGGGACUCUGGAAAUUUGGUCUCUGAUCCUUCGCACAGUGAGUCUAAUAGAGGUAGUGGAAUAAGCAAAUGCACGCUGUGUCUGAGUAAUCGCCAACACCCAACUGCCACACCUUGUGGCCAUGUAUUCUGCUGGAACUGCAUAAUGGAAUGGUGCAAUGAAAAACCUGAAUGCCCGCUGUGCAGAACUCCCAUUAAUCAUUCAACCUUAGUUUGUCUAUAUCAUUCUGACUUCUGAUUCACCCACCCUUUUUUUCUUUUUGAUAAAUUCAUUUUUUUAUUUCUUCUAAAUUGCAAAAAAAUAAAAAGGAGUAUCUAAUUGAUCUUAGAACAACGAGAUUUUCUCUGUUGUAUUUUCUCUGAUCUUAAUUUAUAUGAAAGGUAGGUGAGGGAAUAAAUGCAUAUUAAAUUUGUAGCUAAAAAACAUAUAAAAUAUAGAAACCGUUGGGACAUGGAGCCUAGUAAAGAUCUGGGAUAUUUAUGAUAGAAAUGUAUCAAGUAGAUCUUUUCGGUAUAUUACAGAUAUUUGGCAAAGAUUUUAUGGAGAUAUAUUUGUUGUAGGUUUAAAUAUUUGGAAG